UCAGUUCGGUUUUUCGUCACUACUCUGAUUCCGACUGAGUUCCAAUGUCGCUCUCCCGCAUGGCUCUCCGCAGCCGGUUACUCUUUCCGACCACCUGUGCUUCAUCUGUUUACCAAACUCAUCGUUCCGUCCGUCAGAUAAGAACUGAAGCACAAAAUGCUGCUACUCGGCUUAGUGGUUCAGGUCUCUUGCGAACUCAGGGCCUUAUAGGAGGGAGAUGGACUGAUGCAUAUGAUGGAAAGACCAUUAAGGUGUACAAUCCGGCCACAGGUGAUGUUAUAGCAGAAGUCCCAUGCAUGAGCAAGAGAGAGACAAAUGAUGCAAUAUGUUCAGCAUAUGACACAUUUAGUUCAUGGAGCAAACUAACUGCAAAUGAAAGGAGCAGAUGCCUACGGAAAUGGUAUGAUUUAUUAAUUGCCCACAAGGAAGAGCUUGCACAACUUAUAACACUAGAGCAAGGGAAACCUCUGAAAGAAGCCGUGGGUGAGGUUAGCUAUGGAGCCAGCUUUAUUGAGUUCUUUGCUGAAGAGGCAAAACGUGUAUAUGGUGACAUCAUUCCAGCAACACUAUCUGAUCGACGGUUAUUUGUUAUAAAGCAGCCUGUGGGUGUUGUUGGAGCAAUUACACCCUGGAACUUUCCCCUGGCCAUGAUCACUAGGAAGGUUGGACCUGCUCUUGCUUGUGGUUGUACUGUGGUUAUUAAACCGUCUGAACUUACACCCCUGACAGCUUUAGCAGCAGCUGAGCUCUCUCUUCAAGCUGGAAUACCUCCGGGUGUUGUGAAUGUGGUUAUGGGGAAUGCAUCUGAUAUUGGAGAUGUUUUACUUGAAAGCUCUCAGGUAAGGAAGAUCACCUUUACGGGCUCGACAUCUGUUGGAAAGAAAUUGAUGGCCGGUUCUGCUGGGACUGUAAAGAAGGUAUCUUUGGAACUUGGUGGGAAUGCACCUUGCAUUGUCUUUGAUGAUGCAGACCUGGAUGUUGCAGUAAAAGGAAGUAUUGCAGCAAAGUUCCGUAAUAGUGGGCAAACAUGUGUAUGUGCAAAUAGAAUAAUUGUGCAAGAAGGUAUUUAUGACAAAUUUGCCAAUGCUUUUGCUAGAGCUGUUCAAAAUUUGAAAGUAGGUGAUGGCUUCACAGAAGGUGUGGCUCAGGGUCCACUAAUCAAUGAAAGUGCAGUACAGAAGGUCGAAUCAUUCAUUCAAGAUGCAAUCUCAAAGGGUGCAAAAGUUGUCCUUGGUGGUAGAAGACAUAGCCUUGGGAUGACAUUUUAUGAGCCUACAGUGAUCAGCAAUGUCAACAGAGAAAUGCUUCUGUCAAGGGAGGAAGUCUUUGGACCUGUUGCACCAAUUUUGCGUUUUAAAACUGAGGAGGAAGCUAUCCGAAUGGCCAAUGACACUAAUGCAGGACUAGCUGCUUAUAUUUUCACAACAAAUGUCCAGCGUUCUUGGCGUGUGUCCGAAGCUCUUGAAUAUGGAUUGGUUGGUGUUAAUGAAGGAAUAAUCUCUACAGAGGUUGCACCAUUUGGAGGAGUAAAACAGUCCGGACUUGGUCGAGAAGGUUCCAAGUAUGGGAUGGAUGAAUACCUAGAAAUAAAAUAUGUGUGUUUGGGGAAUAUGAACGCAUGACAUCUUAGGCUUUGUGUUCUGGACCAACUGCUUUUGAGCUUAUACAUCUUCAAACAUGGGUAGGAUUCAUGUUUUCCUACCUUCUGCCUCCACUGAUAAAGAGUGUUUCUUGACAAUUCAUAUAUGCAAUAUGGGGAGUUACCCUUGUUGCUAUCUGUCUACCAAUUUGGAGAGGUACUAGGAUGCAUAUUCAACCGAUUUCUUGAAUAAGCACAUACUGCUGUGUACUUGAAUAAACAGCCGUUUGUGCUUAUAAUUUAUUCUUCCAAGCUUGAUGUUCAUGUGAGAACAGAAAGAGCCGUAGGAUAUGUAUGCUUGGGUUGAAUGCUAGUUACCUCGAGGUUAAACCGUUAAAUUUUGGAUUACGGUUACAUCAUUAUAAAGUUCUUUUUCCCACCUAAUGGUAGGAAUUCUUUGUUUUUGUUUUUAUUUUUCUCCUGAUAUUUUAAUUAGUUUCUCAUAAGGAAAAAUUCAAUUGAUGACUUCACUUGAAAAUGUUCAAAAGCCAACAUAGAAAUCUUCAAUCUA